GAUAACCCAGAGAAAACGGCAGCCACUGAACGUGGGGAUUUUUAUAUCACCGGAGACAGAGCGGUCAAAGAUGAAGAAGGCUAUUUCUGGUUUGUGGGGCGGGCCGACGACAUCAUCAAUUCCUCUGGAUAUCGCAUCGGGCCUUUCGAAGUCGAGAGCGCUUUGAUGGAGCACCCAGCCGUGGCCGAAUCCGCUGUUGUCAGUAGCCCAGAUCCUAUUAGAGGAGAGGUGGUCAAAGCGUUUAUCAUCUUGUCUCCUGCUUUUCUACCCUGCGAUCCAGAGGCCUUAAUCCAAGAACUCCAGAACCACGUGAAAAAAUCUACAGCUCCAUAUAAAUAUCCCAGGAAGAUAGAAUUUGUCCAAGAACUUCCCAAAACGGCAGGUGGGAAAAUUCAACGGAGUGUCCUGCGGAAACAAGAAUGGAGCAAAGUCAAACAGCAGCUCGACCUUCCCAAAUAAAACCUUCUUCCCCCGUUCUCUGCUGUCCCGUUUUCAUUCAUUCUGUUAUUCCGGGCAAAUUGAUUCCACGCUGGAAGGUUUUAAGGUUUGAAGUUACGACAAAGGGACCACAUAUCUCGUUUUGCAUAUAUCGACAGCGGCGAGGAUAGUAUUUGCAAAACAUUGGAAAAACGAGAACACCUCAUCAGAGGAGGAUAUAAUUGGGAAAAUCUUAGAUGGUGCCAAAAUGGACAGGCUGACUUUAAGAAUAAAAGAUAAAGGGGACACAGAACAUUACUUGAUAUGGAAUAGAUUUUAUGCUUGUCAAUCAGAAAGAUCGGCAGUUUGGCGGUUUGAAUCCCUAACAGAGUGAGC